UUACAUUUCUAUAAGUACAGGGUGCAUACGCUGUGCGGAGGGACAGUCCGCAGUCGUUUGCCCUUUCAUACUCCAGUCGUACCACCGCAUACCCAAGCCCUACAUUUCCCACAGACUUUGCGCGUCGUUUUCCUUUUCUGCCGGGAGUUGGACUGUAAACAACAUGGCCCCGUCCUUGCCCAGCGUUGUGCUUAUUUUUCUCCAUGAAUUGUUGUUCUUCUGAAAAUCUUCGUAAUCCCGUUGGUAUGAAUCGUAUAGGUGCCUGUACCUUCUCACCCCUUCAGCCAGUCUCUCUUCAAAUGUCGACUCCAUGUCUGUAUUGUGUAUUCUGCAUCACCGCGUGUUUCCGGUGCCGCAUGAAAUGCAUGUCGAUGUGAAACAGUUUCAUACCGAGCCAUGAUUUGUGUGACACCGGUACGCGUACGCUAGGUACUCGCAGUCACAAAAAUUGAGCUUCGCGCGGACAUGCCCAGGCGGACGUACGCUGAGGUCCGCUAUUUCGUCAUUUUGACCGCGCGGACCCCAGCGGAGUUCGGUCCGUGUAUGCUACGUCUAGACCAUGAAUUGGCCUUUAGCCUCUACAUGCUUUUAUUGGGAAUGUGCUGUCUAUUUGUCCAGUAAGGGCUCUUAGAGGAGUGCAGAUUAUGCAUUCUUGUUUCAAUGUCUUGAAACAAGCUAAAUAAAUGUUCCUGAAUGAAUGUGCUGUAUAAAUUAAAUUUGCCUGGGCAUUUUUAUUUAAUCCAGGGGGACACUUCUGGCUGUAAAUCCCCCAGAGCAGCCAGUUCAGGCACAUUAUCAUCUCUGUAUACAAGAGGACUGAAGACAACAAGCCUGAUCAGCCAGUUUGUUCCAGUUUUGAAUGACAUGGGGUGUGUUCUGUUGUAGUUUCAGCAAAAGUGAAAGUGAAACUAUCAGACUGAGAGACGGCGUCUGUAAAAUGGAGGCUAAACCUUUGAUUCCUGAGGAUGAGCUCUGUUGCUCUGUAUGUUGUGAUAUUUUUAAAGAGCCUGUUGUCCUGAAAUGCAGCCACAGCUUCUGCAGAGAGUGUCUGAAGCAGUACUGGGAAGAGAAGGGCUCUCGAGAGUGUCCCAUCUGCAGGAGAAAGGCCUCUGUGGAUGAUCCUCUGGUAAACCUGGCCUUAAGAAGCAUUGUGGAGUCCUACUUAAAGCAGAAGACUGAGAGAGAAACUACCGACAAGAGUGAUGCUCGCUGCAGUCUUCAUGGGGAGAAACUUCUAUUAUUCUGUGAACAUGACAAAGAGCCUCUCUGUCUCGUCUGUCAGACUUCAAAAAAACACAGAAACCACCCGGUCUGUCCAGUGGAAGAGGCUGUUCUGGAGCUGAAGGAGGAACUCAAGCCUGCACUUAAUCUUAUUAAAGAAAAACUGAAGAGGUUUACUGAGGUUGAACAAGAAUGUAAGGAAUCAGCUGAACACAUCAAGAGUCAGGCCCAGCACACAGAGAGGCAGAUAAAGGCAGAGUUUGAGAAGCUCCACCAGUUCCUGCGAGAGGAAGAGGAGGCCAGACUAGCUGCUCUGAGGGAGGAAGAUGAGCAGAAGAGUCAGAUCAUGAAGGAGAAGAUAGAAAACAUCACAGGACAAAUCUCCACUCUUACAGACAAAAUCACAGCUAUAGAGAAGGCCAUGGACACUGAAGACACCUCCUUGUUACAGAGCUACAAGAACAUCAAGGAAAGAGCCCAGUGCACACUGCAGGAUCCAGAGCUGCUCUCAGGGGCACUGAUAGAUGUGGCCAAACACCUGGGCAACCUGAAGUUCAGAGUCUGGGAGAAGAUGCUGGGGGUGGUGCAGUACACUCCUGUGGUGCUGGACCCCAACACUGCAACCCCCUGGCUCUCUCUCUCUGAUGAUCUGACCACUGUGAGUGACACAGAUACAGACCAGAAAUAUCCUGACAACCCAGAGAGGUUUAGCAUGUGUUUGAAUGUGCUGGGAUCUGAGGGGUUUACCUCAGGGAAACACAGCUGGGAGGUGAAGGUUGGGAAUAAACCUGAGUGGGAUAUAGGAGUGAUGAAAGAGUCCAUCUGUAGGAAGGGACGUCUAACAUACACCCCAAAGAGAGGAUUCUGGGUCUUAAUGCUGAGGAAUGGUGAUGCUUAUAGUGCAUCUGGAGUUGCUGCCCUCACACUGAAGAGGAAGCCCCAGAGCAUCAGAGUGCAGCUGGACUAUGACAGGGGGGAGGUGUCCUUCUUCGACUCCAGUGACACGUCACUCAUUUACACUUUUAGAGACACAUUUACUGAGAGAGUGUUUCCGUACUUCUCUCCCUGUUUGAAAAAAGAUAAGAAUGAAGAACCGCUGCAAAUAUGCCCAGUGAAAAUCUCCAUAAAAGUAAUGUCAAACCAGUGAACCAGUAUUUGCUUUAAAAAAAGAACAAAGUAGAGUACUCUGGGGUAGACUUGCCGGAGAUAUGGAUUGAUGAAGGUGAGGUGGUUGAUGGCCUACCAGAAACAAAUGGGAGGCAGACAUACACUCACAUAAAAGUGAUCAUUUGGUUAAUGUAAUCAGCCUCAGUAUGCAUGAAUACGGAUUUGGGACAGACCAGAGGAAGUGCAAAGGGGGGUGUUUUAAUAGUCACUCAGAAGAGACAUGCAUACAGAUUUAGCAGUUACUGCUUGAUUUCCUGCAACUUCAUUGCUAGAUUUUGUCCUGGAAAAGGGGUACAAAGCUGGUGCUUGAACAACACUGUAUUGUGACUUACCUGCAUUGCUUUUACCUCAUAUCUUUCAUGCUGUACAGGAGACAAUUUUUGUUUAUUAAUAUUAAUUUGUAUUGAUCUAAACUUUUGAACUAAUAAUUUUACUUUGCAAAGGAUCAAAUUCCAUCAUACCUAAAGAAUACUAUAGAAGAAAUCAAUUAUUAUUAUUAUUAUUAUUAUUAUUAUUGUUAUUAUUAUUCAUUAUUAUUAUUAUUAUUACGACUGUUGACAUGCCAUGCAUGGGUAAUAUGAAGACAACAUAUGGGUAAAUGAGUGAUGUGCAUGUCUAAUUAUGAAUUAAAAUGACAUUAUAUUGUCAUUGUACUGUCAUUGUUCAAUUCCAAAAUUAUUUCCAUCAACUACUCAUGAGUUAAAAAAACAAUGUUCUUCUGCAGGCUAUAAUAUCAGUUAUUUAUCGCAUCACCAUGGACAAUGGCUUGCAUCAUUACAGGAAGCCUAUUGCUUCAGGACAGCACUCAUAUGCACUUUACAUUAUAUUCAUUCAGCAGAUGCUCUUAUCUACAGUGACUUACAAUAAAAGAGAACAUAAGCACAUCCAUUAGAGUUAUGUGAGUAACUGUGUUCCUGUAAUCUUGUUCCUGUGAUCUGUUGUUCUGUAGGUUUUCAUUUCAACUCUAUUUUACCAUACCUGAUUCUACUAAUCAGCAGCUCAAUGAGAUCUCUGGUUGUUCAAUGAGGUGUACUGUGUUAGGGCUGGAGUGAAAACCUACAGAACGAUAGAUCUCCAGGAAGAGGGUUGGGCAGCCCUGCUAUAAUUGUGCCUAAAAAUGUCCCCAAACCUUACAGCUUAAAGUUUAAAGCUUAGGGUUAUGUUCCAGCUUAAAGCAGGAACAUAAACCUAAUUAGAGCUCUAUAUUAUGCCCUGAACGGUGUUCAACUGGUAGGGAAUGAAAAAGAGAGUCAACCAUUUGACAGCAUUUACUGGGUUCCUGUGUAAAUCCUCACUCCCCAAAUACAUGGGUUUGCACUUGCAAACUUGACCAUACUAAAUAGAGAAGAAGUAUUCCAAACAAGAAUGACAAUAAUCUGCUAAGGGCUUCAGAAUAUUAAACACAUGGGGCUGCUGUCUCCCAGAACCACAGUCAUUGACCAUAGUCACAGAGACUUGCUACAUUUUGUAGAGCCUUAUUAGAAAGCCAGUAUCACCAAUAAUCAUAUUGCAUGAUUGAAAGGCACACUGUAGAAUAAUACAUACAAUAUAUAUAUAUAUAUAU